AUGGGUUGCAACCACGCUGGGACAUGGGCAGCCAAAACGCUUUUGCGAAAAAAAGACCCGGCCGACGAAGUUUUAAUUUUUGACCGCAACGACAACAUUUCGUUUCUCGGUUGCGGAAUCGCUUUGUGGGUUGCUGGUUUAGUUGAAAACCCAGCCACGCUCUUUUAUUCCUCGCUGGAAGAGCUCGAAAAAAUGGGCGCUCGAGUUUUGAUGCGUCACGAAAUUAGCGCCAUCAACGCGGUCCAAAAAACGGUUGAGCUCUACCAACACGCCCAGUCGAUUAUCGCCAAAGCAGCCGAUCCCAGCGUUCAAGCGGUGGCCGUGAUCGGAGCCGGUUACAUCGGCGUUGAACUAGCCGAAGCCUUUGAUAAGCACGGUAAAAAAGUUUACUUAAUUGAGAUGCAAGAUGCGAUCGCGCCCCACAAUUUUGACCGCGAAAUUAGUGCCAAGUUAGUCGAGGGCGUCGAGCAAAACACGAACAUUGACUUACGACUAGGUGAGAAGGUGAUUCGUUUUACCGGCGAUGAGCAAGGCCACAUUCGCGCCGUGGAAACUGACCAGGCAACUUACCAAGUCGACAUGGCGAUUGUCAGCGUUGGUUUCCGGGCUCGGAUUGAACCGGCCCGCGACCAAAUUGAGACCGAUCCUCAGCGCGGCAUUAUCGUGGACGAGUUUUUCCAGACGUCUGACCCUGACAUCUACGCGAUCGGUGAUUGCGUAGCUCAAAAAUACAACCCGGACGCUUGCUUUAAACCGGUCAUGCUCGCUACCAACGCGGUCCGUUCGGGUAUCGUGGCCGCUUUGAACGUUUUAAAACCGCUUGAGGAUUACGACAAGCCGGUUUUUAUGCCCCGGCGUGAAAAGGUCUUUUUCAAAGUUGUUUUCGACCGCGACACCCGCGAAAUCAUCGGCGCCCAAAUCGCUUCCAAAGCCGACCACGCCAGCGUGAUGUACAUGCUCUCGCUCGCGAUUGAAAAGAAGGUCAAGAUUGACGAGCUGGGACUAAUUGACACCUACUUCUUACCCCAUCUCAACCAACCGGUCAACUUCAUCACCCGCGCUAGUCUGCAGUACUUAGACGUGGUUGAUUAG